AAACCUCAAACACUAUUAUGACAAUCAACCUUUUAGUCAAAAUCCUUAGUCAAUGGACAAACUAGAAGACUAUCCAGCCCCCAAACACCUUAACCAACACCACUGGACAAACCACGAGAAAAUAUUCAAAAGAAAGGCGCGUAUUCAGAACGAAAUAUCCGACCUAAUCAUCCCGCUACGUUCUGGACUGUUAUACAAACUGAGCAAGUCCAUAUUUGGGUCUUUUCUGGAAGAACUUAACCACUCGCAGAACCAGAAUUCGUUAGUCAACGACAACAAGUUUCAGAUUUUGAAUUGGCAUUUAAAACGCUAUAGCGAACAUGACAAAGGGAUUAUCCAGAAAAGGAACUCGUUUAUGAGGGAUUAUUAUCAGUUACUGAAGAAGGCGGUAGAUGAGGGUCAGAAGAUCAAUUUGGAAUAUUUGGCGAAAUAUUUAAGGAGUUUAAAUCUGAGUUGUUGUUUUGUAAAAACUGUAGAUAGGACCCUCCAGCCCUUCCACAACCUCCAGAUCCUCACCCUGUGCGGCAAUUUCCUCACAGACAUCCCAGGACGAUUUCUGCCACGUAACCUCUUAGUCCUCGACCUAUUUGACAAUUUUAUAUCGGACCUGACCAAUUUGCUCCGAAACGCACCUAAGACCAUCCAGAGUUUGGGACUAGCCAGGAACCGCCUCAAGGACGAUAGCAAUCUCCAUCUGUUGGCGAAAACCGGAACAUUUCCAUCCCUGAAAAAUAUCGACCUUUCGGACAACGACAUUUGUGACCUUCAAGGGCUCGUGGAAACCUUAAAACCCCUGCAAUCAAUAACCGCAUUAAGUUUAGAGGGAAACCCUUGCUGGGUGCUCCCCAAUUAUAAAGAAACAAUAUUGAGGAAUUUGAGGCGUCUGAUGUAUUUGGAUUUUACCGAGGUAUUGGAUGAGGAUUUGAAUAAUUUGGACAAAAAAGCCGGAGAGCCUCAAGUUAUUUUUCACUGCUUUAGAAUAUUGGGAUUACCGGAACCACCUAAAGAUAAGAAAAACAAACAAACCAUCCACCUGGAAGUAAACUUUCCUUUACUUAUCGAAAAUCCCCUUGAGGACUUAGAGCCUCUAAAAGACGAAACGGUCUCCGUUAAAACCGAGGAAAGCGGCGCCGGGAGUGAUAAGAGAUCAAAAAAAGACCCAAAAACCCAUAAAGACAAACACAUUAACAAGGAAAAAGAUGCAAAAAAAACUACCAAAGAAAAAGGAAAGAAAAGCAAGAAAAAAUCCCUGUAUGCUGGCCAAAAUGAGUAUAGUGAGGAGGAGGACAAGAGGAACGUCUGGCUCAGAACCGAACCAAUGCAUUGGGCGAAAAUUAUGGAAUUCCCUUCAAUAAACAUCCCCCAUCCAGACAUAAUUAAGAUACGUGACACCUUUAGGAGUAUUGUGCCUAUAAGAAUUGUUUACUUAAAAGUGGCCCCGUAUAACCCUAAGCAAAAAAAAUCAAAAACCCCCAAAAAAAAGGACAAAUCCAAUAAGAGGAAGUCACUGGUUACUGUGGAAGAGUUGCAAUCCCAUGAGGAAUCCACAAAAGAGGAAAAAAAAGACGAAAUUCUCACUCGUGUAGUUUUAGCGAGUUUCUAUUGUGACCUGAAGAGCGCCAAUUGGAGUGACGAAACUUUGGAUUUUUAUUGGGCGGACCAUCCGAAUAUUGGGGAUAAAGCUGUUUGUGUCGAGGGAUCUCUUAAGGCAAUUGUGUAUGAGUUAAAUUCAGGCGGUAAAAAGGGUAAAAAUCAUCAUGCGGGGUCAAAAGGCGUAGAUGAGGGUCAUCAGAAGGAGUUUUUGCCCAAUGUUCUCACUUGUCAAGUUGGGUUUGGACUGAAUCGUGGUGAUUUAUAAUUAUGUAUCUCGUGUCACAAAAAUCAAAAAAAUGGUGAUAUUUCAAGAGCCGCCGCCCAGUGCAAGAGGCACCAAAAAAUCCGGGGCAAUUAGAGUAAAACUACGCAAAAAAACCGCUGCCAUAUUACAAAAAAUGCCCGCCGUUCCAGAACUG